UAUUUGUGAUAUUCAGUGUAUAUUGAUUGAUCCAAAUCAUCAUCAUCAGUGUAAUCAUCUGUGAUUUACCGAACGAAAUCAUCAUUCAUUCAUCAUUAUCAUCAUAAUCAUCCAGAAUGGCACGAUUCUUCACUCGAAUGUCGACCAUUUCGACAACAACCAUAUUAAUAUUUUUAUCAAUCAAUGUUGGACAAAGUUUACAACAAGGUGGUACAAAAAAUCGUCCCACUUCAUCAUCAUCAUCAAGUGGUGGUUCUAGCCGUGGUGGUGGUGGGGGAAGUGGAUUAGCUUCACCUGUUGCAAUGAUGAAUGGUGGUGGCAGUGGUGGUUUUGGUACAAGAACCGGAUAUAGUGGUGGAUCACUUAGUGGUCCAAUGGGUAGCUGGUCACCAAUGACAUCAUCAUCAACGUCAGGAUCACGUGGUGGCGCUAGUAGCGGUGGAUUCAAAUCUACCGGUGGUGGUGGAGGUGGAGCGCCCAGCACUGGCGGAAGUGGUUCCAGUUUUGGCGGUUCUUCAAGCUAUGGUGCAUCCGGCGGUGGUAGCCGAGGUGGUAGUAGCAUGUCUGGUGGUGGUGGCAGCAGUUUUGGCGGUGGAUCAAGCUUUGGUGGAAGCCGUGGUGGUUCCACUGGUGGAUCUACUGGCGGUACUGCAACUGGAAGCUAUGGUGGAUCAACUGGCGGCAGCCGUGGCUCUGGAUCCGGUUCAAUGGGCUUCAGCUCUGGUGGUAGUGGCUCUGGCUCAUUCGGUGGAUCUACUUCAAUGGGUUCAUAUGGUGGAUCAUCAUCAGGUGGAACGGGUGGAACUGGCUCAUUCGGUGGAACUUCCUCGAUGGGUUCAUUUGGCGGAUCAAUGGGAGGUGGUUUUGGAACAGGCGGUGGUGGCUCAACAGGUGGAUCCUCAUUUGGUGGUGGUUCAUCCUUUGGCGGAAGUGAUUCCGGAGCAGCUGAAGGUGCUUCUGCAGGUGGAGCUAUUGGAGGCAGUAGCGGCGGAGGUGGUGGUGGUGGCUUUAGUGAUGGUGAUAGUCAAUUCAAAAUGGGUGGUUCAGGCGGUGAACGUAUACCUGCAGCUGUUAUCACUAAACAUACCGUGGAUUUUAAACAAGUUGAUAUACCAUUCGAAGAUAUUGAACCACAAAUUAUCGAAGUUGAAGGUGGUGCCCUGCCAUUAGAAAUUCAUUUCAAAUCAAGUUCCUCCAGAAUUCGUGUACAUCAAACACAUGAAUCAGCAGGUGCCGGUGAAGUUGAACAAACAUCAUCGGAAGAAGAACCACAUCGUCUUAUUCAUGAAGUUAAAAAACCAAUUAUUCAGGAAGUCAGAGAAAUCAUCACACCAUAUCGACGUGUUAUUCAGGAAAUUCAACCAGUUAUGGAAGAAAUUCAUACUAUUGUUGCCAAAGGUGAACCAAGACGAUCAUUCGAUCGAAAUCAAUCAAAAUCACGCGGUGGUGGCGGCAGUAGCAGCGGUGGUGGUGGUGGUGGAAGUUCCGCUGGCUCGGGUCUUCAAUCACCAAGUAGAAAUGGUGCUGCUGCUAUGGGCGGUGGUGCUUCAUCUGGUGGUGGUAGUUAUGGUGGAGGCUCAAGUCCUUCAACUGGUGGUUUUGGUGCUCCUUCAUCCGGUAUGGGAUCAUCGGGUGGUUUUAGUGGAGGUAGCAGUGGAAGCUUUGGUGGCAGCGGAAGUUAUGGCGGACCUUCAAGAGGUAGUGGUCCAAGUUCCGGUCCUUCAACUGGUGGUUUUGGUGCACCUUCUUCAUCCGGUAUGGGAUCAACUGGUGGUGGUUUUGGUGGAAGCUUUAUGGGCAGUAUGGGAGGAAAUUAUGGUGGCAAUAGUGGAUCAACAGGUGGCAAUCGUGGAUUCGGCGGUACCUCAUUCGGUAGUGGAUCUUCGGGUGGUGGUGGUGGUGGUGGCAGUAGUGGUAGCGGCAGUAGCGGUUUUAAUGGCUUCUCACAAACAUUCGAAUCCGGUACAUCGCAAACAUUCGAAACUGGAACCGAACAAAAAGCAUAUUAAAUU